AGUAGUGGAUUUUCGAGCCAACAUAUUGCACCUAAGCACGCAGGAGUAUCCGGGCUGACUACAGCAUCUCCUCUAAGUUUUGUCUGAGGUUGACGGACCUCACUAGUCGUCGCAAAUUCAGUCACACAGGGUAGUACAAUAAGAAUACACGUAAAUCCAAACCAUGUGAGAAGUAGGCUCUCGUUCCUUAGAGAAACAAAAAGUCCGCCUCCUAGUUUCAGGUUUGACAGAACCAUGAGUGCUGACCACUGUUACGCAAUGCAGUAAUUGAUGAUGUGGAAGUCUUCAACCUAAACUACUUGUCGACGUCGGAAUGAAUUGUCCAAUGAAGAAAAGUAUGGUGGAGUGAGUCUGGUUGGAGCUGUGUCGUUGUCCGCUUUAUUCGGACCUUGAUUGGUUGACGAUCAAAAUGCUACUAUUGUUUGCAAGCAGUCCAAGCUUCUAGAUCAGAAGGAAGAGGUUUGUGAGGAAAAUCGGUUGCAGUCGAGGCGUUUUUCCUUCCUUUUCCAAUUGUUCAUCACGGAAUCACGGGAGCUCAUCGUCAACCAUGGCUGAUCAGCCAGCGCGAGCGUUGAUCAUCUAUGGAGACGGAUUUAUGAGACACCUCGCUCUCCGGCAUUCUAAUUUACAUGCCAUAGCAGCGGUUGGAUCCUGUGGAUUUCUCGCUUUGCGAUCUCAAGCUUCUACGGUAGACGAGGACGAGCGGGUGGUAGGGGAGCUCGCUCAGUUGUUGGAUCUACACGAUAUCCAUCAAAAAAAUGCAGGAAUUAAGGAUAACUGUGAGCAGAUGCCUUCGAUGUCUGAAAGAUUCAUGAAAAUUAAAGCCGGUAUGCUCUCCACGUGCAGCCGUGCUGCUGCAUUUGGAGAAAAAGCGGGUUUUACUCUUCUGGAUUGGCAGGAUGGGCAGGAUGUUGCCUCAGGUUCUUCCAGCCCUUCUCUGGCGGAACCAUCAGCUACUGCAACUCGAUUAUUAGGCCUUCUUGAUUUGCACGAUCCAAAUGGUCAUGAGAAACUGGGAGAUUUUGAGCUGUUGCUGCUACACUUGAAGAUAAGCCAGCAAAAUGGCGCAGAGACAGAGGAUGAAUUGGUCGACUGGACGGAUAAAUUGCUGGGAGCUGUACUGGAACAAAGCCAACCAGGAACAAAUGCUGGUAGUCAUUUAUAUCUUCUUGUGGUUCUAGGCUAUGGGUCUGUAGACGCCUCAGAAGAUGAAGUUGCAUCACUAUCACCCGAAAGAAGUGAGCCAAAGCUUGCAGAGAUGAUGCCUCGACAGAGCUACACAAUGAAAGCUGCGCAAAUUAUCGAAGGAAUACGGGAUCAUCAUCCUUUGCUCGCCGUGUAUCAUCUCAAUGCUGUCACACGUCGUGAUGAGGUUGAUUCCUUUGCAUUCGAUGAGUUCAAGCAGCAUGCUGGGAAUUUGACAAUAUUGGUCGACCGGUUCUUACAUGAGGUCGCUUUUAAGCUGUGGAGAGCCCCAAAAUACGGGGCAUGACCAGGCUUACAUUUCACCUUUCUGGCCGAUGCUAGCACGAUGUAUAUGACUCAGGCAGCGAGUUAUAUACAUGCACAUCUAACUGGUGGUCAGAAUUGUUCAAAGCAGCUUUCAUUUCACAUAGGAAGGUUGAGUCAUUUUUAUGCCCGUUCCGUGAGUGACUGAGUGAUGCUGUCUGAAGUGGCACAUUUAUCUACUCGUGGGGGUCCUCAAGCAACUUCGGUCUGAAGUGAGAGUCGUUGCAAUGAAGUGAGGAUCGGGGACCACCAUUGCCACCAGCAGGCCUUCUAUUUUCUUUUGGGGGCAAAUGAAUCUAAUCUGUAGAGUGUAUGGAAAUCGAAGACAUCAUUUUCUGCACCUGCCACUCCUUGGAAAAGAGAAAAGAAGUACUGAAAGUUGCUCCACCCUAGUUCUAGAACAUGAAGCCCUCUAUUUAUUGUAGCACCCGGAACGAUUCAAAGAGGAACUAGGGCUUUCACGGCAGAUAAUGUUUCUCAAUUGAGGUUCUGUUAAUGAAGCUUUUGGAUCUUGAAACUAAGGGUUCAAUUUCCAUAUCUCACAUUGUUCGAAGCGAAAUGGACCUCUUUAAUUCAAAACAGCACACGCAGAAUUCUACGUUGCAGCAACGUGAAAGAACAGAUUCACAAGGUGCAGACCUGCAGCCUGUGGCAGCUCGAUGUACAAUUUUCAAACUUGAGCCGUAUUCUUUCCUCCCAAGCAAGCGGCCCCCGAUGCAUGCGAGACAAAGCAG